CCAGCAGUGAUGUGGAGGUGGAGACCCACAGGAGCCCCGGACUUCACCUGAGCUACCUCAGUGGUCACCAAGAGUGGCAAGAAAAGGAAGAAAGCCCUGAGUUGGGGGAAACCAGGAUGCCUGACCGGGACAACUAUGCCAACGGCACUGGGAACAGCAGUGGAGGCCCUGGAGGUGGUGGCAGUGAGGAAGCCAGUGGGGCAGCAGCAGGCAGUGGCGGGGCCAGCUCAGAUGCCAUCUGUAGAGACUUCUUGAGGAAUGUGUGCAAGCGAGGCAAGCGUUGUCGAUACCGCCACCCAGACAUGAGUGAGGUCUCCAACUUGGGGGUGAGCAAAAAUGAGUUCAUCUUCUGCCAUGACUUCCAGAACAAGGAGUGUAGCCGCCCAAACUGCCGUUUCAUCCAUGGCUCCAAGGAAGACGAGGAUGGCUAUAAGAAGACAGGAGAGCUUCCCCCUCGGCUGAGGCAGAAAGUGGCAGCUGGCCUGGGCCUUUCACCAGCUGACCUACCAAAUGGCAAAGAGGAGGUGCCUAUCUGCCGUGACUUCCUCAAGGGUGACUGUCAGAGAGGAGCCAAGUGCAAGUUCCGUCACCUGCAACGGGAUUUUGAGUUCGAUGCUCGGGGUGGAGGAGGCACUGGUGGUGGGGGCUCUACAGGCUCAGUCCCCCCAGGACGACGUCACGAUCUCUAUGAUAUCUAUGACCUUCCUGAUAGGGGCUUUGAAGACCACGAGCCAGGCCCCAAGCGCCGGCGAGGUGGAUGCUGUCCCCCCGAUGGUCCCCAUUUUGAAUCAUAUGAAUAUAGCUUGGCUCCACCCCGAGGGGUAGAGUGUAGACUGCUAGAGGAGGAGAAUGCCAUGCUCAGGAAGCGAGUCGAGGAGCUAAAGAAACAGGUCAGCAACCUGCUAGCCACCAAUGAGGUACUGCUGGAACAAAAUGCUCAAUUCCGCAAUCAGGCCAAGGUCAUGACCCUGAGCUCCACUGCACCAGCGACUGAGCAGACUCUGGCCCCCACCGUGGGCACUGUGGCGACUUUUAACCAUGGCAUUGCCCAGACUCAUACUACUCUUAGCAGCCAGGCUCUACAGCCUCGUCCUGUGUCCCAGCAAGAACUGGUGGCCCCUGCUGGAGCUCCAGCUGCUCCUCCAGCUAAUGCUGCACCUCCUACUGCUCCACCCCCACAUUUGAACCCAGAGAUCGCACCACUGUCAGCUGCUCUGGCUCAAACAAUUGCCCAGGGAAUGGCACCCCCACCUGUCUCCAUGGCUCCUGUGGCUGUAUCUGUGGCUCCUGUGGCUCCUGUGGCUGUAUCGAUGGCCCAACCCUUGGCAGGAAUCACAAUGAGCCACACUACCACUCCCAUGGUGACUUACCCUAUUGCUUCCCAGAGCAUGCGCAUCACAGCCAUGCCACACUGAUGGGGCUAAUGGACACCCCCCUGGUAUAGCCUCUCAGGGCUGGGGUUGUGGGGCCCUUACCUACUUGCCUAGCCCUCCCAGGCCCUUUCUGAAGGGCUCCCUCAAGAACUAGGACAAGAGACUAUAAGGAGUAUGCUUCUAAGGAGCAUGUCCUGAGGAGGGUUUGGGCUGGUGUGUUUUCACUCACCUCCCUUUUAUGAGGGUCCUCUUGUCCAUCUUCUUUCAAGCCUCACAAUGGGGGUUUGCAUAGGAGUGCAGACUGAAGCCAGCAGAGAGGAAGGACUGACUGAGGGGCUGUGUAGAGGACAUAGUUGGGGACAUCCCUGGGGUCUUGUCCUCUGUUCUACACAGCACAGGUUCCAGCCCUGGUUUUGGAAGAAAAAAAUACCCUGCCCAGAGGGAGAGCCAGGAAAGAUUGGGAAGUGGGUGGCCAGGAGAGAAGGCCUGAUAGGAGCCUUCAGACAAUUUGGGGCCCAGUUGCUUGGGCUGGACAAUACAGAAACUGCUCCUGCGCCCUGGAAAGGCCGGGACCAUAGUACUCCAGCCCAAAGACUAGGGAAGCAGUCAUUACCCUAGCUUGGCCUGGAAAUCCGUAGGGCAGGGCCCACUACUUUCCAAAGAAAUAAAAGAACAAUUAUUUUUAACAAA